AUGCCUCUACUAGAUCCAGUCACCAUGUCGACGCCCUCGGGCAAGGCUGCCACGGCUCAAGCCGCCAAAACCACCGACGCAGAAGCUGCCACGAAGCCGAUCCCUAUCCUGCCGACCUCUCAAGCUCAAAUCAUGCGCCAUGCGCAUCCUGUCCUUCUCGGCGCCUUCUUCUACGCGAGCUUCAAUGCCCUGGUACACGAGCCGGUGACCACCAUGUGGAGCUCGGCGCCCGUCGUCCUGGCUGUCCAGAUUGCCUACACCACCAUAUGUCUCCCACCAGCGGGCUCGCAGUCAGUCAAGCCGGCGAAGAAGCUACGACCUGGCGAGAAGAAGAAGGCUGGGUCUGAGAGCAAUGUAUCGAACAUAGCAGUGACAACGACAGUCGCGCUCUUCCUAACCCUCUUCGCCGCGCUCCCGCUGCACGUCGUCUUCGUCCUCUUCGGCGCGCCGUUCUUGACCCACCUACCGAACACGUUCCUCUGCUCGCUUCACCUUUCGCUUCUGGGCCUAUACCCACUCUUUUAUAGCCACGGCGUUGACUCAGAGGAGUGGCUAGAGAUCCUGGGCGCGCGGGCACCAUUUGAUGAGGGCUUCGGUGGCCUCGUGGGCGGUUGUCUGGGCGCAUGGCUUGGUGCCGUGCCCAUCCCUCUCGACUGGGACCGCGAGUGGCAGAAGUGGCCCAUCACGAUACUGGUUGGUGUCUAUGCGGGUUAUGUUCUUGGCAAGCUCAUUGGAGGCACGGUGGCUCAUGGAAAGAGAUUCGCUUGA